UCUUAUGAGAGAGGCUAUGACUAUGCCUUAAUUAUUUAUUUUCACAUACCUGUUCGCAAUAUUGGUUGGAAACUUGUUGAUUUUUCAAAAUGAGUUCUUGUUCGUGUGUUGGAAUAAAAAGGGACUCUUGUAGCUGUGCUAUCCUGAGCAAUACAUAUCUUCGAGAAGCUAGAAAUUCUAAUAUUAUAUUUGUACCGAAUAAACGAAAUCUCGAGUAUCCUUUUGAGAGAAAGAAACCGAGUAUGUUUAAUAAGAUUUUAGAAGAUGUGUAUGAUAUGUGUGUCGCCUACAAUAUAAGGCACUGUGCAUUUACUCCUCGAUACAGCAAAGAGAGGAAUGUGAAACAUGCCCUUAAGGAUUGUAUUCUGCUAUUGUGCUUCCUUGUCGCAAAUACUGUGGUUUUUCUAACAUUGCUUACAAGAACAGUCUAUCACACGUCGGGAAUCAUAUUAAAUUUAUUUAACUGGAUACUAAGGACUCUCUCUAAAAAUUUAAAAGUGUACCUCAAAAAUGAAAAAGCUGGAAAAGAUUGGAUGUCGUCUUUGUGUUCUGAACAAUUAAAUAUUGUGGAAAAUUCUAGAAAAAUAGAAAAUUAUGCAACAUGAUGAAUUCAUACUACGCACUUGUAGUUGAUUGGUGUGCUGCUUCUUUUUUCUAGCUGCAAGUAUGACUGGCAUGCCGCAUGAUCGCUUAGUUUUAAUUUUAUAAGUUAUUGCAUUUCAUACUUGCGGUACC